CGGGAGCGGAAGGCAGGAGGCAUGUCCAAGGGCCCGGUGGCGAGCGGCCCCGCCGCGGCCGGGCCGGCGAGCGCCGCCAGCGCGCUGCAGGCGCAGCCCGAGAAGCCGCAGCACUACACUUACCUGAAGGAGUUCCGCACGGAGCAGUGCCCUCUUUUCGUGCAGCACAAGUGCACUCAGCACCGGCCCUACACUUGUUUCCACUGGCACUUUGUCAACCAGCGUCGUCGCAGAUCUAUCCGCCGCCGGGAUGGUACAUUUAACUACAGCCCUGACAUUUACUGUACCAAAUAUGAUGAGACCACAGGAAUCUGCCCAGAAGGAGAUGAGUGUCCCUUCUUGCACAGAACUACUGGAGACACGGAGAGGAGGUAUCACUUGCGCUACUACAAAACUGGAAUCUGCAUUCAUGAGACAGACUCCAAGGGAAACUGCACGAAGAAUGGAGUCCACUGUGCAUUCGCUCAUGGGCCCCACGACCUACGCUCUCCAGUGUAUGACAUCAGGGAGCUUCAGGCGAUGGAGGCUUUGCAGAAUGGUCAGACUACAUCAGAAGGUGGCAUAGAGGGUCAGUCUGCAGUCGCUGCCAGCCAUGCUAUGAUAGAGAAAAUACUCAGUGAGGAGCCAAGGUGGCAAGAUACAACGUAUGUGUUGGGAAAUUACAAGACAGAGCAAUGUAAGAAACCCCCCCGUCUCUGUCGCCAGGGUUAUGCCUGUCCCUACUACCACAAUAGCAAAGACAGAAGAAGAAGCCCAAGAAAACACAAAUACAGAUCUUCGCCAUGUCCCAGUGUGAAACAUGGAGACGAGUGGGGAGAUCCCAGUAAGUGUGAAAAUGGAGACUCAUGCCAAUACUGCCACACUCGCACAGAACAGCAGUUUCAUCCAGAGAUCUACAAAUCCACCAAAUGCAAUGAUAUGCAGCAGUCUGGCAGCUGUCCCCGAGGACCCUUCUGUGCCUUUGCACAUGUAGAACAGCCUGCACUCAAUGAAGAUUUACAGCAAUCCUCGGCUGUGUCUAGCCCGACACAGACAGGCCCUGUCAUGUAUAUGCCGUCGGCAGCUGGUGAUUCUGUUCCAGUCAGCCCUUCCAGUCCACAUGCCCCAGACCUUAGCAAUAUUCUUUGUAGGAACAGCAGUCUCGGAAGCCCAUCUAAUAUAUGUGGGUCUCCUCCUGGUGCCAUUGGAAAGCCACACAGCUUGGAGACCAUUGGUUUUCCUCCAGACUCAGUAACAGCAGCCGGCAGCUACAAGAAAGCACCGGGGUUUGAGCGAGAAGAUCAGGUGGGGGCCGAGUAUUUGAAGAGUUUCAAAUGCCAGCAAGCAAAAAUGAAGUCCCACUCGCUGGAACACAGGAGCCAGGAGCAACCUUUGUUGCAGCCCAAACAGGACAUACUGGGUAUUCUCCCAGUGGGGAGCCCACUGACAUCCAGCAUCUCCUCUAGUAUCACCUCCAGUCUGGCUGCAACGCCACCAAGCCCUGCCGGCACCAGCAGCAUACCAGGCAUGAAUGCCAAUGCCCUUCCUUUCUACCCAACCAGUGACACCGUUGAGUCUGUUAUAGAGUCUGCCUUGGAUGACCUGGACCUGAAUGAAUUCGGAGUGGCUGCCCUGGAGAAGACAUUUGACAGCAGCACAGUGCCCCACACGAGUGGCAUCAUGAUAGGUGGGAGUUUGCUGCAAAGUUCUGCUCCUGUAAAUAUCCCCGGGUCCCUUGGAAGCUCUGCCUCCUUUCACUCUGCCUCUCCUUCUCCACCGGUCAGCCUCUCAUCGCAUUUCCUCCAUCAGCCCCAGGGACACUUAAGCCAAUCAGAAAACACAUUCCUGGGGACAUCAGCUUCUCAUGGAUCAUUAGGUUUAAAUGGGAUGAACAGCAGCAUAUGGGAACACUUUGCUUCGGGGAGUUUUUCGCCCAGUACCUCACCUGCAUUUCUGUCAGGUCCAGGUGCUGCGGAGCUGGCAAGGCUACGACAAGAACUGGAUGAAGCCAACGGCACAAUAAAGCAGUGGGAAGAGUCUUGGAAACAAGCCAAACAGGCUUGUGAUGCUUGGAAAAAGGAGGCAGAGGAAGCAAAUGAUCGCGCCAACACAGCUAACAUAGAAUGUGAACUGGCCCGGGAGCAGAGGGAAGCCUUGGAGCUGCAAGUGAAGAAACUGCAGGAGGAGCUGGAAAGGAUCCACACAGGCCAGGAUGCUCAGUUUCUGCGCUCCUUCUCUGACCUGGAAACCCUCUCACUCUCUUCGCUUUACACCCUUCAGAAACAGCUGCGGGCAAACCUGGAGAAAGUCGAUAAGGCGGUAUUUCAGAUGCAGUCAGUGAAAUGCCUUAAGUGUCAGGAGGAGAACCGGGUGGUGUUACCGUGCCAACAUGCAGUGCUGUGUGAAACGUGCGCCGAGGAGGGCGAGUGCCCCAUCUGCCAUCCCAACAGGCCCCACUCUCUCCAGUCGUGACCUUCCAAGGAC